AUGGCCACGGCGGGAGGACGCCGGCGUCUCGUCGACCUCCCGGACCCGCCCUUAGCGCCCAACGGCGAGCCCCAGGGGCAGCAGGACUCCGGCAGCGGCGGCGGCGGCCUCACGUCGGCCCAAUACUCGGGCGUGGUGCUGCUCUUCCUCCUCGUCGUCGCGAUCGUCAUUGCCUGGCUCUGCUACCCCAUCUGCAAGAAGGCGGAGGAGGAGCAGGAGACCACCAGCCACGAGGACGGCGGCGGCGAGGAUCGUCGCAGAGCGCGGCGGCAGAGGCAGCAGCAGCAGGCGGCCGCCGCCGUGCCGGAGCCGGAGGUGGUCGUGGGCACUGAUAAGUCGGGGCAGCACGCGGCGGAGGCGGCGCUGGAGUGCACGUACCGGGCGGCGGAGGGGUGGGAGGAGCGCACGUGCUCGGUGUGCCUGGCGGAGCUGCAGGACGGCGAGGCCGUCAGGAUGCUGAUGCCGUGCGCGCACUACUUCCACGCGGCGUGCGCCGACCGGUGGAUGCACACGAGCGCCACCUGCCCCAUCUGCCGCGCGCCGACGGCCGCCGCCGGCCGGCGCCGCCGCACCUAG